AUGUCAUCGCAAGCUACCAACGCCAUCCCCAUCCGAGCGGCCGGCCCGGCAGACCGCCUCACAAAGUCUGGCCGCGACCUCCUCUCGGCCACGCCCGGCGGUAUGAACUUUUACGGCAGCACGCCCGGAGGCUCCCGCAUCGUCUACUCGCGCGACCAGCUCCUCUCGCUCGCCUCGUCGCCACUCUCCCAGUCGCCCUCGAAGCUCCUCGCAUCCAUCCCCGCAGAGAUCUCAAAGUCGCCCGAGAAGUCGUCCAACUUCAAGCCCGGCUCCUACUCGUUUAGCAACCUCGGCGGGGGUGCGGCCAGGCUGGGUGCGUCCACUCCAAAGUCGGCUGCUCCUGCUGCCCAGCAACCCAAGCAGCAGCAGCAGCAGCAGCAGCAGCAGCAACCGAAGAGCGGAAAACAGGAUGGGAGCAACGACGACGAGCAGUUUGAGAUGGACCUAUAG